ACGUGCAUGUUCGUCAUGUCCGCACAUCCUGUCGGUCCCGAGGAAACAAACCUCACCAGCUUCAGCGUGUAUAAAAGCCGAACCAAACGCAACGCUCGACAAUACUUCGGAGAGAAGCGCGCCUACCAGACGAUACAAACCCGUCAUCUCACAACAGCUUCAAGAACCAACACCCGUGACAACAUGAAGACAACGUUCAUCAUCGCACUCAUCGCCUGCAUGGUUCUGGCCUCCCUGACGUCGACGGAAGGCCGUUCUCUUGCGGAGUCAGCGGAGCCGCACUCCCUGGUCAAGCGCGGGUUCUUCUUCGGCGGAGGCAGCCGCUGCGGGUACAACUUCGUGUGUAACCUGGGCCCAGCACAGGGAUGCUACCACUCAUCCGGCUGCUGCAUGCGGUAUGUCUGCAACUGAUGGGACGACGCCUAGCGACAGAUAGGUGAUCUGCAGCACGAACUACCCAACGGAUCUGAGAUUUCUUCUUCUAUAUACCCUCGAACGACCCCUGUACGGGGUAUCACUGAGGAGGGAUUUAGCCGUGCAAAAGAAUUGUCAGAAUCUAUCAAGAACUGUACGCACAAACAUUUUCUAUGCUGUAAAAAAGCAGUGUAAUCUUUGCAAUGUCUCUUACAAUUCAUGGUGUAAUAUUGAUGUUACCUGUGUAAUAAAGGCUUUACUCUUUACUU